GCACGUAUUAAGUGUUGUCUACUUUAUUUAAUCGUCGGUAUUUACGCGAGCGUUAUUUAUGCACCUGCUGUUAUUGAGAUAACAAGUCACGUAAGUGAUUUAACUGACGCAAUAUGAAAGACUUGACACAAGUUACCAAACAAGAACAAAGCGAUUUUUUCAAUUCCUUCGAUCACAUUUUAUGCGAUGUUGACGGAGUAAUCUGGCUUUUCCAUAACAACAUUCGUGGUUCAAUUGAGGCGAUACAAGCCCUCAAGAAGCUUAAAAAGAAAAUAAUUUUCGUUUCAAACAACGCGACAAAGACACAUGAUGAUUAUUUUCAACAAUUAAAAUCGGCGAAAAUUGCGUCGCAAAAAUCCGAUUUGGUUCAACCAACUCUCGCAAUAAUCGACUAUCUCAAAAAAAUCAACUUUUCGAAAGAAAUUUAUCUGAUCGGAAUGACGGCCCUGCAAAGAGAUCUCGAAAAAGCCGGCUUUAAAAUCUCCGAAUACGCACCUGAUCAAGUUGAAGAAAACGUUCCGAAAUUUGUUCACAUGUGCGUCACUAAAAGUGAUAGAAUUGGGGCCGUAAUUGCAGAUUUGGACGUCAAUUUAAAUUUUAUCAAGUUGCAAAAAGCAGGGACGUACUUGCGAGACCCCUCGGUGAUUUUUUUGACUGGUGGUUCUGAUAAAUUGUUACAUUAUGCUCCUGGUGAGACGAUAAUCGGGCCUGGAAAUUUUCACCGAAUUUUGGAGAAUAUGACUGAUCGAAAGGCACUUUCGAUGGCGAAGCCAGGGCCGUAUUUGAGCGAUUUUAUCAAAAAUAAAUAUGAAAUUUGUGAUUCGAGUCGCGUUUUGUUUAUCGGAGACACAGUUAUGGAAGAUAUGGGAUUUGGCAGUAUUUUUGGGUGCAAAAAACUAUUAGUUUUUAGUGGCUUAACCCGGAAAGAGGUUUUGAUUGAUUGGCCGUUUCCGGAGGAGUUUAAACCGGAUUAUUACGUCGAUAGCUUGAAUGAUAUUUAUGAGAUUUUGAAUAAAUUAUAUGCGUACUGUAUGAAAACUUUCAAAUUAUCCAAGGUUACAACAAAGAUAAGUAUUUUUUUUAUCUUGACUUUACUUGCGUUUAGUCUAACAAUGAUGAGAGACUUGACAACACUUAGUGAUAAAGAAUUGGAAGCGUUUUUCGCUUCUUUUGACCAAGUUUUAACCGACGUUGAUGGAGUGUUGUGGAAUGUCCUUGAAACAAUCCCAGGCACCGAUUUGGGAAUUAAAUCCCUGAAAAAAAUCGGCAAGAAAGUCACAGCGGUGUCAAACAACACAACAAAAUCACUCAAAGUGUUUCAGCAACAGUUUAAAUCCGCAGGAAUUGACUUGGGAAUGGAUGAAAUCGUGACUCCAGCUCUUGUCAUGGUUUCCUACCUCAAAUCUCAAAAUUUCGACAAGGAAAUUUUUCUUUUGGGAAUGCCUUGUUUGAGAGAAAUUUUUGAAAACGCAGGCUUUAAAGUGGCGAAAAAUGAUGAGUCGGUGUUGCCGAUUAAAACCCUUCACGAAUUCGCCUCAGCUACAAGCGAUGAUAAUGAUAAUAUUGGGGCUGUUGUAACUGACGUUGAUCUUAAUUUAAAUUAUCCAAACUUGCAAAAAGCUGCCACGUUGUUGAAACGACCGCAAGUUAUUUUUCUUAUGGGUGCGAUGGAUGUUGAGGUGCCCAUUGGGCUGGACAGGACCAUAAUAGGGCCAGGAUGUUUUCACAAAAUUUUGGAACAAAUUUCAGGCAGGAGAGGUUUAGAAAUGGCUAAACCUAGUCUGUGCUUGAAUGAUUUUAUUGUCAAGAAGUGUGGACUUACCGAUCCGAGAAAAGUUUUGUUUAUUGGAGAUUCAGUGUUGGCAGAUAUGGGCUUUGCGACGAAAUGUGGUUAUAAAAAAUUACUUGUCUUGAGUGGUUUAACCAAAAAAGAGGACUUGGACGAGUGGAAGUAUGAAGAGGAGUAUAAACCGGAGUUUUACGUCAACAGUUUGAAAGUUGUUCACGAAUUAAUUGAGAAAAUAAAGCAAUCAGUUUAAAAAAAACAUGUUAUAUACUUGUACCUUUCAAUUAAAUUAUUCACAACA